UAUUCAUUCUAGAGUCGCUGAAAUGUUUUAGUUGCUCUCUGGGCCGCAAAAGAUGCUUCUCCUCGCAAUAAGACAAAACUGCGUUUAGACUUGAAUUGAUGGAUUCAGCAUUUUUCCAGCAGUUUCUUGGUUUUGUAUUUUGAGGAUGGGUGCCGCCUUCAAGAGGUUCUGUGUGCGAUUCUGCUGUUGCUGCUGCUGUGAGGAUGAUGAUGAGGAAGAAAAGAGACCUUUACUUAGUCACGAUACAUUAGAAUAUUUUGAGCGCGAGGCAAAAAGAAGGCGGGACCAAGAGACCAACCUGUGGAGUGAACCAGGAGACCCUUCCCACUCUGAGAGAGAUGACGACCGCAUUCUCUACAACCUGCUGCAGACCAGAGCCCAAACCCAACGAGGCUCUCAUGGUUACCGACGUUUGAGCAUCGACAUUGAGGCCAUGAGAGACAUGAGAAGAGAGGUGCAAGAUAAAUGGAAGAUGAUCUUAGAGAACCUGGGGUUCAUGGCCGAAGCAGAGUCUCUGUUGAAUGUGUCUGCCAGCGCCUCAUACGACCGCAUGAGAAACGCGGCGACCGCCCGCACCCUUCUACAGACCCUCUACACCGAAACAUCAUUAUUCAACAGCAAUGAGCCUCCACCCGAGAGAUACCUCUUCAUCCUGGACCGGCUCAUUUAUCUGGAUGCUGCUGAUGAUUUUGUGGCCAAGGCUCGUCGCUUCUACCCUCCUAAAGAUGACAACGAUGAAGAAGAUAACCCCCUUGGGAUUGAUCUGCCUCUGUUGCUGUCCCGAAUGAAUCAGAACAUCUCUGGAGGAGAGGAUGAGGAUGAUGAUGAUGGGGGUGAGAUCACCGGACCUGAGGACUGACACUGAGACGAUUUCAUGAUCUGUUAGAUGUAUUUCUGGAGCAUUU